AUGUCAAGAUUCGAAUUCACAAAGGAUGGGGUUAGACUUGGUGUAGUCCCUGUCAACAGUAUCGAUGCCGUCGCCAAAGCCAGACAUGGAACAUCUUCGCACGUUAAGCACGUGAGGUUCGACAACGAAAACGACCAGAGUCCGCAAAAGAUGGCAGAUUCCCUCAGCGAAUGUCUCAAACGGGAACGUCAGGACUGGGAGUUAGCGAUGGCUCGUUGUGCUUCUGAUAUCGCCCGGAAUCGAGAUACCUCACUUUACAAUGUGCCGGCUCUUAUGCAGAGGCUAGAUGCACUGUGGGAGUGGCUCGAGCGAAAUCAGCGUUGGGACUUGAAAACAUAUGAUACGGUUGUGCGCAUGGAGAAACCUAGGGUCAAGACUACUGGAAUCCUCUUUACCGGUGGAGAGUUGGUCAAUUGCUAG